GCUCCCUCCCCGCGCCGCGGCAGAGCGCGGAGCCGGGGCGGGAGCCGGCGCGGGAGCCGGAGCGGACGGCCGGCGACAGCGCAGGCGGCGGCGGGUCUUGGUACCGGCCCCGGAGCGCGUGGAGUCCCCAUCCGCGCCGCUCCGGCCUCUCUCCCGACGCGGGGCUCCGAGCAGCAUGCGCGGCCGCUGCCCGCCGGCGUCAGCCCUGGCCCCGGCCCCAUUGAGGAGCGCGCCUGGCCUCGACCCCGGCCCCAGCGGCAGAGGCGGCGGCGGCGGCCGCUCCAGGCCGGCCCGGGGCGCAGAACCAGGCUCGUGGAGCCCGCGUCGUGCGUCCUGAGCACGCCCGCCCCUCCGCCCGCCGGGGCCGCGGCCUCCCCCCUGCCCACUCCCCGGCCCUUGCCCCGGCCCCGGCACCAGCUUGGCUCCGGCAGGCGUGGGAGAGACAGACAGACAGACGAACGGCUAGCCCCGCGAGGGCGAGCGGACUGCCGGGCGGAGGUGUCGGAGGAGGAGGAGGAGGAGUAGACGGAGGAGGGGGCUGGGCAGGGGCUGGGGCCCGGCGGGGGAGACAUGCGAUUGGUGACCGAGCUGAGCGGACGGACAGCGCGCCCGAGAUGCAGGUGAGCGAGAGGAUGCUGGCGGGGGGCGCGAGGAGCGUGCCCAGCCCCCUCCUGGCCUGCUGGCAGCCCAUCCUCCUGCUGGUGCUGGGCUCUGUUCUGUCAGGCUCAGCCACCGGCUGCCCGCCCCGCUGUGAGUGCUCCGCCCAGGACCGUGCCGUGCUCUGCCACCGCAAGCGCUUCGUGGCUGUGCCCGAGGGUAUCCCCACUGAGACCCGCCUGCUAGACCUGGGCAAGAACCGCAUCAAAACACUCAACCAGGACGAGUUUGCCAGUUUCCCGCACUUGGAGGAGCUGGAGCUCAACGAGAACAUCGUGAGCGCCGUGGAGCCCGGCGCCUUCAACAACCUCUUCAACCUCCGGACACUGGGGCUCCGCAGCAACCGCCUGAAGCUCAUCCCUCUGGGCGUCUUCACCGGCCUCAGUAACCUGACCAAGCUGGACAUCAGUGAGAACAAGAUCGUUAUCCUGCUGGAUUACAUGUUCCAGGACCUGUACAACCUCAAGUCCCUGGAGGUCGGCGACAACGACCUCGUCUACAUCUCCCACCGAGCCUUCAGCGGCCUCAACAGCCUGGAGCAGCUGACGCUGGAGAAAUGCAACCUGACCUCCAUCCCCACCGAGGCGCUUUCCCACCUUCACGGUCUCAUUGUCCUGCGGCUCCGGCACCUCAACAUCAACGCCAUCCGGGACUAUUCCUUCAAGAGGUUGUACCGGCUCAAGGUCUUGGAGAUCUCCCACUGGCCCUACUUGGACACCAUGACUCCCAACUGUCUCUACGGCCUCAACUUGACGUCCCUGUCCAUCACGCACUGCAACCUGACCGCUGUGCCCUACCUGGCCGUGCGCCACCUGGUCUAUCUCCGCUUCCUCAACCUCUCCUACAACCCCAUCAGCACCAUCGAGGGCUCCAUGUUGCAUGAGCUGCUAAGGCUGCAGGAGAUCCAGCUGGUGGGUGGGCAGCUGGCUGUGGUGGAGCCCUACGCCUUCCGUGGCCUCAACUACCUGCGAGUGCUCAACGUCUCUGGCAACCAGCUGACCACGCUGGAGGAGUCGGCCUUCCACUCGGUGGGCAACCUGGAGACGCUCAUCCUGGACUCCAACCCGCUGGCCUGCGACUGCCGGCUCCUGUGGGUGUUCCGGCGCCGCUGGCGGCUCAACUUCAACCGGCAGCAGCCCACAUGUGCCACUCCGGAGUUCGUCCAGGGCAAGGAGUUCAAGGACUUCCCUGAUGUGCUUCUGCCCAACUACUUCACCUGCCGUCGCGCCCGCAUCCGGGACCGCAAGGCCCAGCAGGUGUUUGUGGACGAGGGCCACACGGUGCAGUUCGUGUGCCGGGCCGAUGGCGACCCUCCGCCCGCCAUCCUCUGGCUGUCGCCCCGCAAGCACCUGGUCUCGGCCAAGAGCAACGGGCGGCUCACGGUCUUCCCCGACGGCACGCUGGAGGUGCGCUACGCCCAGGUACAGGACAACGGCACAUACCUGUGCAUCGCGGCCAACGCGGGCGGCAACGACUCGAUGCCCGCCCACCUGCAUGUGCGCAGCUACUCGCCCGACUGGCCCCAUCAGCCCAACAAGACCUUCGCCUUCAUCUCCAACCAGCCGGGCGAGGGAGAGGCCAACAGCACCCGCGCCACCGUGCCUUUCCCCUUCGACAUCAAGACCCUCAUCAUCGCCACCACCAUGGGCUUCAUCUCUUUCCUGGGCGUCGUCCUCUUCUGUCUGGUGCUGCUGUUUCUCUGGAGCCGGGGCAAGGGCAACACGAAGCACAACAUCGAGAUUGAGUAUGUGCCCCGCAAGUCGGACGCAGGCAUCAGCUCCGCUGACGCACCUCGCAAGUUCAAUAUGAAGAUGAUAUGAGGACGGGGCGGGGGGCAGGGACCCCCGGGCGAGCCGGGCAGGGGAAGGGGCCUGGCCACCCGGCCGCUCACGCCUGGUCCUCCCCACCUCCUCCCCGCCCCUCCACACACACUCUUUUUCUCCCUCCCACCCUGUCCCCUGCUGCCCCCCGCCGGCCCUCACCACCUGCCCUCUUUCAACCAGGACCUCAGCAGUCCAGGCCUGGGGACCCCUACCCGCACAGGGGCACACAUUGAUAGACUGGAGUCCGAAGCUGAUGAACCAACAUGCGGCACAGUCAAUAAUUCAAUAAAAAAAAAAAGUUACGAACUUCCUCUGUAACUUGGGUUUCAAUAAUUAUGGAUUUUUAUGAAAACUUGAAAUAAUAAAAAGAGAAAAAAACUA